AUGCCGGGAGACAAUCUCCCGCAAGCUGCGCAAGGCGCCAAAUCCAAGAAGAACAAGAAGAAGAAUGCAAAGGCCAAAGAAGCUGCCCAGCAGCAGCAUUCAGAGCCAUUGGAGGUCGCGGAGGAUGGAAAGCACGAUGGCUCUGCCGAGGGUCACGCCGAGGACGUGGAGGACGUCGAUGAAGCCGAUGGAGUCGACGACACACAAUCAAACCCCCAUGCGACUCAAGAACCCACAAAUCAGAGCUCCGCGCCCGAAACGAAUCGUGAGAAGGAACAGGCCAGCAAUCCGGAACCCAAUGAUCGAUUCGAUGCCCUCGUCCGCGACCGAGAUUUCCUCAGAGCCGAGGUCACGGAUAUGCGCAAGUCUUUGGAGGAGAUUCAGUCGAAACACGAGGCUGAGAUGCAAGCGCUGCAAAAUCAACUCGACGAUGCCGAAUCCAAGAAGGAGCACGCUGAGACGCAGUUCCAGAAAUUAAUGGAGCGGGUCAACGCCAUCAAGUCACAGCUUGGCGCACGCUUAAAAGAGGAUGAGGAGGAAUUAGCACAAGCCCGCACGCAGAUCGAGGAGCUCGAGGACCAGAAUACAGAACUUCGAACUCAGCUGGAUUCAAAGUUGUCCGAACUAGCCGAAGUCUGCGAAGAAUCCGCCCAGAAGACCGAGGAGAUUGCCACGCUACGGAACCGUACGAAUCUCUCACAACAGAACUGGAUUCAGGAGAAAGAAGAACUGCUGGAACAGAAUGCUUUCCUUCAGUCAGAGUUUGAACAAGCCAAAGACGCAAUGCACAAUUGGGAAGUAUUGGCAAUGGAAGAGCGUUCGGUGCGAGAAAAUCUAGCUGAGAAAGCGGCCGACCUUGAGGAGCAGCUCUCCAAUCUCCGUGAUGCUUACGAAAGGGCAUCGGAAGAACGUGACAGCCAACAGUCUACUGUUGACGGGCUGCAGCGAGCGCUGCAAGAGAUACAGCUGGCGCGGAAGCAGGAGCUUCGCGAGUUGGUGGAGACUUCCGAUGCUCAACUUGAGGAGCUUACAAAGUCCCUGCGUGAGGCUCAGGAACAGGCCAAGGCUGCAGACAAGGACCUUCUAACUGCCCAGGAAGAACUUGAGAGGGUCCAGCCGUUUGAGAAGGAGGUCAAGGAGAAGAAUUUGCUCAUUGGCAAGCUGCGACACGAAGCAGUUACCUUGAAUGACCACUUGACCAAGGCUCUCCGGUUUUUGAAGAAGGGCAAGCCCGAGGACAAUGUUGACCGGCAAAUCGUUACGAACCAUCUACUCCAUUUCCUGGCUCUCGAUCGGUCCGAUCCGAAGAAAUUCCAGAUUCUUCAGCUCAUUGCAGCUUUGCUGGGCUGGAAUGAUGGCAAGUCAUACGGAAUCGUUUUUCCUGUCUCUUCUUCGUACUAA